UGCGGCAGGUGAGCUGCGGAAGGAUCGUGUUCGAGUCGUGAGUGUUGCGGUUCUGAUGGACUCUGAGCCGAAACACUGAGCUGAGAGUGUGAUGAUGAAACUGAAGGUGGUGGCGAUCGAUGGAGGACUGAACGUGGUUCAUCAGAACAAUGUGCAGUUUGACCCGGAGCUGCCGGAGUUCAGGACUCAGGGAGGAGUUCACCUGCACGCUGACAGACUGACCGUCACCUCACCUGUACUGAUGUGGGUGAAGGCUCUGGACCUGCUGUUGGACAAGGUGAAGAGGGCGGGGCUCGACUUCUCCCGUGUCAGAUCAUUGUCAGGCAGCGGUCAGCAACAUGGCAGCGUGUACUGGAGAACAGGAGCGUCUGAGACCCUGGCACGGCUCGACCCGGGCCAGAACCUGUACCAGCUGCUGCAGGACAGUUUCUCAGUGCUGGACUCACCUGUGUGGAUGGACUCCAGCAGCAGACAGCAGUGUCAGGACCUGCAGGCAGCAGCAGGAGGAGCUCAGAAGCUGGCAGAGAUCACCGGGUCCAGAGCCUAUGAGCGUUUCACAGGAAACCAGAUCGCCAAAGUGCGACAGACGCGCCCGCAGGACUACCAGGACACCGAGAGGAUCUCAUUGGUCAGCAGCUUCGCCGCCUCUCUCUUCCUCGGUGACUACGCUGCCAUCGACUACAGUGAUGGUUCAGGGAUGAAUCUGUUGGACAUCAGAACCAGAAACUGGUCCCAGACCUGCCUGGACGCCACAGCUCCUCACCUGGACCGGCUGCUGGGAGCUCCACUACCCUCCACAUCUAUACUGGGUUCCGCCUCCUCCUACUUCGUACGUCGAUACGGUUUCUGUGAGAGCUGCAGAGUCGUGGCUUUCACUGGAGACAACCCAGCGUCUCUGGCAGGAAUGAGGCUCCAGCAGGGAGACAUCGCUGUCAGUCUUGGUACCAGUGACACUGUGUUUCUGUGGAUCCAGCAGCCUCGUCCGGCGCUGGAGGGUCACGUGUUCUGUAACCCCGUCGACUGGCAGGCGUACAUGGCUCUGCUGUGCUUUAAGAACGGCUCUCUGACGAGGGAACGAAUCAGGAACGAGUGUGCUGGAGGAUCAUGGGAACAAUUUUCUGCCGCCUUGAGAGACACGCCGCUCGGAAACAACGGACACAUCGGCUUUUAUUUUGACACCAUGGAGAUCACGCCCGCUGCAGUCGGAGUUCACCGCUUUGACCCUGAAGACAACGAGGUGUCCUCUCUGAGUCCUCAGGUGGAGGUCCGGGCGCUGGUGGAGGGUCAGUUUGUGUCCCGUCGGCUCCACGCUGAGAGGCUGGGCUACUCCAUCAUUCCAGGAACCAGAGUUUUGGCCACCGGAGGAGCUUCAUCCAACAAAGAGAUUCUGCAGGUUCUGUCUGAUGUGUUCAACGCUCCCGUUUACACCAUCGACCUGUCCAACUCCGCCUGUCUGGGAUCAGCCUACAGAGCUGUGCACGGCCUGGUUGCAGAAUCUGGAGUUUCCUUCUUCGAUGUUGUGAAGAACGCACCAGAACCACAGCUGGUCGCCACGCCGCACCCUGCAGCACAGGAGGUGUACGGCCAGAUGUUGAAGCGCUACGCCCGAUUGGAGCAGAGAGUCCUGCAGGAGACACACCCCUGAGCUGCAGCCUCCAAUCAGCUGCGCUGAUAGAUAAAUGUUAGAUUAGUGAAAUGAUUCUGAGUUUGAUACGUUUAGAUUGUUUUUAUUAGUCAUCAGUUCACUGAUCAGUGAAAACAUGAAGUGAUUAAUGGCGUUGCAGUGAGUGGAGGUGAAGGUGUGGGUGGAGACGUGACAUCACCUGCUCGGACAGGCGACCUGCAGCUGCUGGUCCUGUGAGGACGGGCCGGAUCAGUAACUGAACCGGACCUGAGCCACAGAGUGACGUUCAGAGAUUGAUCCUGUUUCUACUCAAACACAAACACAUGCUGAGACAACGCUGACCGGACCAGAACAUUUCAGGAUCGGGUUUGGGAGCUGAUCUUUAGAAGUGUGGAGUCGUAUCAUCGUCUCUUCAUGGAUCACUGCUGAUCGUUGUUCACUGAUCGAACAGGUUGUCAGUACGAUCACAUCAUUACGAGCAGACAGAUGAUGAAGAUUCCCUUUGAUGAUUUUUUUAUGUAUAAUUCUGAAUAAAUGAAAUGAUGUCAUUA